AUGUCGGCUAUCAGAGAUGUCGCGAUGGAGAGCGACAUCCUCAACAUCGCGUCCCUCGCAUCUCGCCCUCUUCCGAACCGGCCCGACGGGACCAUCGUCUGCGUCCUCUACUCUUCGGUGGAGGAUAUGAGCCUGCAGGCGAUCAACAUGGACUUCGAACGGCUAGCUGAAGUGUUCCCCGAUUGUAUCUUCUUGAGAUGCUACAAGGAGUACGAGGGUUCUUCCAUCACGUUUGCAACUCGCCAAGUCGUCUCCUUCCCGACCUUUGAGUACUUCUACAAGGGCACUCAGGUAGCGAGGACAACCGGCCCGAACUUGAAUGAAGUCAAAGAAAAGAUCAGACAGUUUGGAUUCAUAGUGUCAAAGACCGACCUGUUCUCAGACUCCGCAAGCUCCUGGUCGAAGCAAGGGAUCAAGGAGCCUCAGGAUCCGACGAAGCUCGCUUGGGACAGGGAGGCAGAUAAUGCAGCAAGUACCACCAUGAGGUUCAUCCCAGGAGGGAUGGGGCAGCAGGCGGCAGAAAUCAUUCGGGAGAAGGGAAGCACGCUUGAUAGCUUUCAAGCAGCAAGGAGAGGAGGAGACAAUGAGGGUGUUCAGCUGCCAGGAGGCGGAUCAGGAGGAGCAGGAGGAGCGUAUGAGCAAGGUUUCAAGUUCUGGAAAGAAAGAUUCGAAGAGAUUGUAAAGGACGGCGAUGGGAAAUCGACGGGCAAGAAUGAGCAGGACAACAGCGGGAAGCGAAGGGACGUCGAUGCGGAUUCAAUCAUCGACAACAUUUGGGAUUCUCCUGACUACAAGUAG